UAGCAGGAGUUACAGAGGCAGAACUGUCAGCGUCCCCGUCACCACAGAAGCUCUUGGCGUUUGUGGCUUCUCUACCUGUGGCAUCUGAGAGCUGCUCAAAGCCUCAGGGGCACAGGAGCGGACAGUCCCUGUCCGAUGACCUUGGUGUCACCUGCCCCACCGCCUACGUGAAGGAAGCAAGUCCAGGUCCCUCCAGGCCCAGAACCAGGAGAGCAGCCCUGGCGGGGAGCGAUCCGGGAGCCUGUGCAGGGCACUGCUACCCUUGGUGAGGUGGGCAUGGGAGACCGAGCCCAGCUGACCAGAGACCCCGUUUUCUUCCAGACCGAGGGGGCAGGUGGCGGGGCCUCCCCACCUGCCCCGCGGAAGAUGCAGUUCUUCGGCCGCCUGGUCAAUACCCUCAGUAGCGUCACCAGCUUGUUCUCGAACCCGUACCGGGUGAAGGAGGUGGCUGUGGCGGACUAUGUCUCCAGUGGCCGGGUUCGGGAGGAAGGGCAGCUGGUGCUGUUCCAGAACUUUCCCAGCCGCACGUGGGACUGCGUCCUGGUCAACCCCAGGAACUCACAGAACGGAUUCCGACUCUUCCAGCUGGAGGGAGAGGCGGACGCCCUGGUGAACUUCCAGCACUACUCCUCCCAGCUGCCGCCCUUUUACGAGAGCUCCAGCCGCGUCCUGCACGUCGAGGCCCUGCAGCAGCUGACCGACCUCAUCCGCAGCCACCCCAGCUGGUCGGUGGCCCAUCUGGCCGUGGAGUUGGGCAUCCGGGAGUGCUUUCACCACAGUCGCAUCAUCAGCUGUGCCAACAGCAGGGAGAAUGAGGAGGGCUGCACCCCCCUGCACCUGGCCUGCCGCAAGGGUGACGGGGAGAUCCUGGUGGAGCUGGUGCAGUACUGCCACGCCCAGCUGGACGUCACCGACGACAAGGGAGAGACUGCCUUUCACUAUGCCGUCCAGGGCGACAAUUCCCAGGUGCUGCAGCUUCUAGGGAAGAACGCGUCGGCCGGCCUGAACCGGCUGAACGACCAAGGGCAGACGCCUCUGCACCUGGCCUGCCAGAUGGGGAAGCAGGAGAUGGUCCGCGUACUGUUACUGUGCAACGCUCGGUGCAGCAUCAUGGGGCCCGCCGGGUACCCCAUCCACACAGCCAUGAAGUUCUCCCAUAAGGGGUGUGCUGAAAUGAUCAUCAGCAUGGACAGCAGCCAGAUCCACAGCAAGGACCCUCGCUACGGAGCCAGCCCCCUCCACUGGGCCAAGAACGCAGAGAUGGCCCGCAUGCUGCUGAAGCGGGGCUGCGACGUGAACAGCACCAGCAGCGUGGGGAACACAGCCUUGCACGUGGCCGUGAUGCGCAACCGCUUGGACUGCGUCAUGGCCUUGCUGACCUACGGGGCCAACGCCGAGGCCCGCGGGGAGCACGGCAACACGCCGCUGCACUUGGCCGUGUCGAAAGACAAUGUGGAGAUGGUCAAGGCCCUCAUUGUGUUUGGGGCAGAGGUGGAUACCCCAAAUGACUUUGGGGAGACUCCUGCAUUCAUAGCUUCCAAGACCAGCAAACUUGUCACCAGGAAGACGCUCUUAACUCUGCUGAAAGACGUAGGGGCCGACUACCGCCUCCCACUCACCCAAGGGGCCCCCUCGGAGCAGGGCUCCACUACGACACAUCACACCCUGUUCUCCCUGGAAAGAUCUCAGCCCCCACCGAUCAGCUUAAACCUAGAACUGCAGGACAUCGUGCACAUCUCCCGGGCCCGGAAGCCAGCGUUCAUCCUGAACUCCAUGAGGGACGAGAAGCGGACCCACGACCACCUGCUCUGCCUGGACGGAGGGGGCGUGAAAGGCUUGGUCAUCAUCCAGCUCCUCAUCGCCAUUGAGAAGGCCUCGGGUGUCGCCACCAAGGAUCUCUUUGACUGGGUGGCGGGGACCAGCACGGGAGGCAUCCUGGCCCUGGCCAUUCUGCACAGCAAGUCCAUGGCCUACAUGCGGGGCGUGUACUUCCGAAUGAAAGACGAGGUGUUCCGAGGCUCGAGGCCCUACGAGUCGGGGCCCCUGGAGGAGUUCCUGAAGCGCGAGUUUGGGGAGCACACCAAGAUGACUGACGUCAAGAAACCCAAGGUGAUGCUGACAGGGACGCUCUCGGACCGACAACCCGCUGAACUUCACCUCUUCCGGAAUUACGAGGCUCCAGAGUGCGAGCGGGAACCCCGCUUCAGCCAGAAUAUCAACCUGAAGCCUCCCACCCAGCCCUCAGAGCAGCUGGUGUGGCGAGCUGCCCGGAGCAGCGGGGCGGCCCCCACCUACUUCCGGCCCAAUGGGCGCUUCCUGGACGGCGGGCUGCUGGCCAACAAUCCCACGCUGGAUGCCAUGACCGAGAUCCAUGAGUACAACCAGGACCUGAUCCGCAAGGGCCAGGGCAGCAAGGUGAAGAAGCUCUCCAUCGUGGUCUCUCUGGGGACAGGAAGGUCCCCACAGGUGCCUGUGACCUGUGUGGAUGUAUUCCGUCCCAGCAACCCCUGGGAGCUGGCCAAGACUGUUUUUGGGGCCAAGGAACUGGGCAAGAUGGUGGUGGACUGUUGCACGGAUCCGGAUGGGCGGGCCGUGGACCGGGCCCGAGCCUGGUGUGAGAUGGUGGACAUCCAGUACUUCAGAUUGAACCCCCAGCUGGGGACAGACAUCAUGCUGGAUGAAGUCAACGACACAGUGCUGGUCAAUGCCCUGUGGGAGACGGAGGUCUAUAUCUAUGAGCACCGGGAACAGUUCCAGAAACUCAUUCAGCUGCUGCUCUCACCGUGAGGCCACUAGGCCCACCCCCACCCCAGCACCCCACCCCCGACCCCCCUGACGGAGAGGCCGGGCAGUGUAGAACCAGUGCACCACGGGGCAGAGCUGGGCCUAGGCAGCUCGGCAUCUAUAGACCAGACAUACCAGGCCUCAGAGGGUGCUGGGCUUCGUGCCCGAGGCUGGUCCUGGGGCCUGCCCACACCGUCCCGCCUUCUGGUACUUUUUGUCAUUCCAGGCUUAGAAAUCCUAGCACCUCACUAGGGCCCUCUCCUUGACCACCAAGGACAACUGACCCUUGGGCCCCUAGCCCUGUUAGCUCAGAUACUAAGGGGGUCUCCCAGGUCCCCUGGGGGGGGGCUGCCAAGACCCCUUCCACCCUCUGUCCUCUUCCCUGGGGUAGGGGGGUGGAGAAACGGGCCUUUGCCCACCCAUCAGCAGGGGGAACCCAGGCCCCGCCCAACUCUGCCCUCAACACACAAGGCAGCCGCCUGCACCCCUCAGGGGCUGCCCCACCCUGGGAGCUGGCUCAGCUCUCAAAGGUCGCUCCUGGGACUUCAGUUAUCCACUCCCCGCCCCCUUAGGAAGUGAUGAUGGUGGGGCCCCGCCCUGAACUGAAAUAAAUGGUUUGAUUCAAGUUCA